AUAGUGUUUAUGCUAAUAAGAGUAUGUUGUUGACUGUCAUUUAUCCCAGAUUGUAAAAGGGAAACCUCAUUUUACACCCAUGUUUCCCUUUCCACUCAGACCUGCUACCAAAGGGCAUUGGACACAAAAUAAAAUGAAGAAAAUGAGAUUGGUAUUUCUGCAGCUCUGAAAUUCCUGCCACUCACCCGUCCAUGUAUAAAUCUCUGCACUGACCACCUAUUUCAUCUCCAAGGGUCUCUUCCUCAUGGGCGAUCCAGAUUUAUCACGUUGGAUUACCGUGUACCCAGAUUGAAAGGAGAUGACUUCUUCUGGCUCCUUGCGCCUCUCCCAGAGGUGGGCAGAGACUAGCGAGAGAUUCUCCAGAAGCUAUCUCCAGAAUGCCGUGCUAGAAGGGGCCAAACCACUGGAGCAUGGCUGUGAGCAGUGGAAACAAGGAUUUUGUGGUUCUGAGCAAUGGCAACAUUGCAACCAGUGCUACCAACCCUAGUCCCCUCACCUCCUGUGAUGGAGACCUUGCAGCCCAGCAGCUCACACCCAAAGAAGCACCGAGAACAAAAGUGAGUCCAAAUGGAUGCCUGCAAAUUAAUGGCACAGUUAAAUCAUCCUUUCUGCCUCUAGACAACCAAAGAACAGCUCAGAUGUUACCCCAGUGCUGCCAUCCUUGCCCAUACCAUCACCCUCUGACCAGCCAUAACAGUCACCAAGAGUGCCAUCCCGAGGCUGGCCCCACAGCACCCUCUGCUUUGGCCUCGUGUUGCAUGCAGCCACACUCAGAGUACUCUGCAUCUCUUUGUCCACACCAUUCCCCCGUUUAUCAGACUGCGUGCUGUCUUCAGCCCUCUCCAUCCUUCUGCCUGCAUCAUCCGUGGCCUGACCAUUUUCAGCAUCAGCCUGUGCAACAGCACAUAGGCAACAGAAGACCAUCCAGACCUUUCAAGUUACCAAAAAGCUACGCAGCCCUGAUAGCCGACUGGCCUGUGGUGGUGUUGGGCACGUGCACCGUGUUCACUGUGGUCUGUGCCCUGGUUGGAGUGUUAGUGCCAGAGCUUCCUGACUUCUCGGAUCCAUUGCUGGGUUUUGAACCAAGAGGGACCGCGAUAGGCCAGAGACUGGUCACGUGGAACAACAUGGUGAAAAAUACGGGAUACAAAGCAACAUUAGCAAAUUAUCCUUUUAAAUAUGCAGAUGAGCAAGCCAAAAGUCAUCGGGAUGAUAGAUGGUCAGAUGAUCAUUAUGAAAGAGAGAAAAGAGAAGUUGACUGGAACUUCCACAAAGACAGCUUUUUCUGCGACGUUCCAAGUGAUCGAUAUUCCAGAGUGGUAUUUACUUCAGCUGGAGGGGAGACACUAUGGAAUUUACCUGCAAUUAAAUCAAUGUGCAAUGUAGAUAAUUCGAGGAUCAGAUCCCACCCCCAGUUUGGCGAUCUCUGCCAGAGGACCACUGCUGCGUCCUGCUGCCCCAGCUGGACGCUGGGGAACUACAUCGCCAUUCUGAACAACAGAUCGUCCUGCCAGAAAAUUGUCGAGCGGGACGUUUCUCAUACCUUGAAGCUGCUUCGGACCUGUGCCAAACACUACCAAAAUGGCACUCUAGGGCCAGACUGCUGGGACAUGGCGGCCAGAAGAAAGGAUCAGCUCAAGUGCACCAGUGUGCCUCGAAAAUGUACCAAGUACAAUGCUGUGUACCAGAUCCUCCAUUACUUGGUAGACAAAGACUUCAUGGCCCCAAAGACGACUGACUAUCCCAUGCCAGCUUUGAAGUACAGCAUGCUUUUCUCUCCUACAGAGAAAGGAGAGAGUAUGAUGAACGUUUACUUGGACAACUUCGAAAACUGGAACUCUUCUGACGGCGUAACCACCAUUACGGGGAUUGAGUUUGGUAUCAAACACAGCUUGUUUCAAGACUAUCUUCUAAUGGAUACUGUGUAUCCUGCCAUAGCCAUUUUGAUUGUCCUGUUAGUCAUGUGCGUCUACACCAAGUCUAUGUUUAUCACUCUGAUGACAAUGUUUGCGAUAAUCAGUUCCUUGAUUGUUUCCUAUUUUCUCUAUCGCGUUGUAUUUAACUUUGAGUUUUUUCCUUUUAUGAACCUCACUGCGCUCAUUAUUUUGGUUGGAAUUGGAGCAGAUGAUGCUUUUGUCCUGUGUGAUGUUUGGAACUACACCAAAUUGGACAAGCCUCAUGCCGAAACUUGGGAAACAGUGAGCAUCACCUUGCAACACGCCGCCCUCUCCAUGUUUGUCACCAGCUUCACCACUGCAGCGGCCUUUUAUGCUAACUAUGUCAGCAACAUCACAGCAAUCAGAUGCUUCGGGGUUUAUGCGGGCACAGCCAUCUUGGUGAAUUACGUCUUGAUGGUCACCUGGCUUCCAGCAGUUGUGGUCCUACAUGAGCGAUACCUCCUUCAUAUGUUCAGUUGCUUCAAAAAGCCCCAGCAGCAGAUCUAUGAUAAGAAGAGCUGCUGGACAGUGGCUUGCCAAAAAUGCCAUAAAGUAGUUUUUGCCAUAUCAGAAGCAUCUCGAAUUUUUUUUGAAAAAGUGUUGCCGUGCAUUGUCAUUAAGUUUCGCUACCUUUGGCUGGUCUGGUUCCUCGCCUUCACUGUAGGCGGGGCCUACAUUGUGUGUAUCAACCCAAAGAUGAAGCUCCCCUCGUUGGAGUUGUCUGAGUUCCAGGUGUUCAGGUCGUCUCACCCUUUUGAACGUUACGAUGCCGAGUACAAAAAGCUUUUCAUGUUUGAACGUGUUCACCAUGGAGAGGACCUCCACAUGCCCAUAACAGUAAUCUGGGGUGUGUCCCCCGAAGACAAUGGCAAUCCACUAAAUCCCAAGAGUAAAGGGAAGCUGACUUUAGACAGCAGCUUUAACAUUGCUAGCCCAGCUUCCCAGGCCUGGAUUUUGCACUUCUGUCAGAAACUGAGAAAUCAGACCUUCUUUUACCAGACUGAUGAGCAAGACUUCACCAGCUGCUUCAUUGAGACGUUCAAGCAGUGGAUGGAAAACCAGGACUGCGACGAGCCUGCCCUGUACCCGUGCUGCAGCCACUGGAGCUUUCCCUACAAGCAAGAGAUUUUUGAACUGUGCAUCAAGAGAGCCAUCAUGGAGCUGGAAAGGAGCACCGGCUACCAUUUGGAUAGCAAAACCCCGGGGCCACGGUUCGACAUCAAUGACACUAUCAGGGCAGUCGUGCUAGAGUUCCAAAGUACCUACCUCUUCACUCUGGCUUAUGAAAAGAUGCAUCAGUUUUAUAAGGAGGUGGACUCAUGGAUUUCCAAAGAGCUGAGCUCCGCGCCCGAAGGCCUCAGCAAUGGUUGGUUUGUCAGCAAUCUGGAGUUCUACGACCUUCAGGAUAGCCUGUCCGACGGCACCCUCAUUGCCAUGGGGCUCUCAGUUGCUGUUGCAUUCAGUGUGAUGCUCCUUACCACUUGGAACAUCAUAAUAAGCCUUUAUGCCAUCAUUUCUAUAGCUGGAACAAUCUUUGUGACUGUUGGUUCUCUCGUCCUGCUGGGCUGGGAGCUCAACGUGUUGGAGUCCGUCACCAUUUCAGUUGCAGUUGGCUUGUCCGUAGACUUUGCCGUCCACUACGGGGUUGCUUACCGCUUGGCUCCGGAUCCCGACCGUGAAGGGAAGGUGGUCUUCUCCCUGAGUCGCAUGGGCUCUGCGAUUGCAAUGGCUGCUGUGACCACCUUCGUGGCGGGGGCCAUGAUGAUGCCGUCCACUGUGCUGGCUUACACCCAGCUGGGCACCUUCAUGAUGCUGAUUAUGUGCGUCAGCUGGGCUUUCGCCACUUUCUUCUUCCAGUGUAUGUGCCGGUGCCUUGGACCGCAGGGGACCUGUGGUCAGAUUCCAUUACCUAAAAAACUACGGUGCAGUGCCUUUCCCCAUGCCUUGUCUGCGAGUCCUGGUGACAAGGGACAGAGCAAAACACAUACCGUGAAUACAUGUCAUUUAGAUCCCAGGGGCCAAAAGUCUGAAAUGGAGCAUGAGUUUUAUGAAUUAGAACCUCUGGCAUCCCACAGCUGUACUGCUUCUGAGAAGACCACUUAUGAAGAGACCCACAUCUGCUCCGAACUCUUCAACAGCCACACAAAGAAUUUAAGGAUGCCCAUGCAUGCAGCUUACGGCAGUGAGCUCAGCAAAAGCACCAGAAACGAAACAAGCUCUGCCUUGUUACAGCCCCCUCUUGAACAGCACACCGCGUGUCAGUUCUUCUCUCUGAAUCGGGGGUGUAGCUGCCCCAGUGCCUACAAACAUCUGAACUACGGCCCGCACUCCUGCCAGCAGCUGGGUGACUGCUUGUGCCACCAGUGUGCCCCUUCCGCUAGCGGCUUUGUCCAGAUCCAGAACGGCGUGGCACCGCUGAAGGCUGCACACCAGGCCCCCGAUGGCUUCGUGCACCCCAUCCCGCACGUCCACGCCUGCCCCUGCCUGCAGGGAAGACUGAAGCCGCCUGGGCUGCAGAACUCUCUGCUGAGGGAUUUUUUCCUUCACCCAGUGCAGCACAUUCAGACCCCAGAAAAAAUUGGGAAGACCAGUGUACACGGUCUUCAGAGCAUAGAAGAGCAUCUUCCAAAGAUGGCCGAGCCAUCGCCGCUUGUCUGCAGGAGCACUGGAUCUUCAGUGAAAGCUGGUGGUGAUGCAGAGACUAGCCAGAGGGGAUUCUGUGAAAACAGAGACACGGGGAGUACGGAGGGCGGCGGAGGGACCCAGAAGACGGAUUCUAGUUCAGCGCAUCAGACCGACAAGGCAGAAAGCAAGGUGGAGCUGAGCUCGUCACAGACUGAUGCCAUCGUGAACUCAGAACAUCGAAAUCAGAGUGAACCAAAAUUUAUAUUUAACCAUUUCGUGGGGGAGGCUGGUUAUGUGUCCUGCCCAAACAAUCCACAAAGUUGUGGCAGAAUUGUGAGAGUGAAGUGCAAUUCUGUGGACUGUCAAAUGCCAAACAUAGACGCCAAUGUGCCUGCUGUAUUAACACACUCGGAACUUUCUGGUGAAAGUUUGUUAAUCAAAACACUUUAAUAAAUAGAGCAUUAAACUCAGAACCAGUGCCUUAGUCGGUCUUUUGAAAUGGAAGUGAAAUCCAGAACUUUAGGAAGUGAGCCCCCGAAUACGGCCCCCAAAAUGAUUUUUGUUAAAAAUUGUAGAAUAUAGAGCAGACUUGAAUGAACAAGUUCACAAAUCUAAGGAGGAGUGUUGGUUGAUGAUGGAAUUUUUUUUUUUAAGUAUGGUUCUUUUAUAUGUUUGUAGCCAGUUUGAAAAAUAAUUCCCAUUUCCCUCCCAAAGCAGUGAAUCAGAGAUUUCAAGUUUGAAUUACCUAGACAUUUCCGUUCUCCCAGUCACUCAUAUUUACCUAAUAUCCUCAUUCUGGUGCAUUUGGUUGGCAGUAUUCAGGAGUUUUGAUGGCUCAACAUAAUUGCUAGAAAAUUGCCCUAGUUUUAAUAGAGCCCCUUCAGUUGAGAUUCAGCCUUACAAGAACUAAACAACAUUAAGAGUUUAUAUUUUUGGUGAGGACUUAUUUAAACGCUAGUUACCAGGCAUUGUAAUAGUGUAUUCCACCUGUCUGCGUGAGCAGACUUUACAUGAAGCCAGUGAUGCAUUGAUACCCACAUUGGUGUCUUUUUCCAAAUUAGCCAAAAUUCACAUUUGUUCGGUAAUUUCACCUACUAACCCAGGGAUCCUGGGCGUCGUCUUGUGUCAGGCGACAGUUAUGUUAGUGCCAUAGAAGAACAAGCGUGGAUGGAGAGACAUUUGUUACCCCAAACAGUGCUACACUACUGAGGACAAAUUGCAUGUUGAUGAAGACGGAUCCUGGUCGGAUGGAUCCAUAGUCCCUGGAAGCUUUCAGUGGAGGGAGCUGGUUCUGUGACAAGUUUUGCUUCCAUCUCUAACCCUAAGGGGACAAGUUCAGGCGGCUUCUUUCUCCUGUUUUGGUGAGCUAACACUGUUUCCAGACACGUAAGGAUGAUUUUAUUGUGCGGCUAACACCUGGAAAUGCUGAGCCUUCAGGCAGUAUCUUAGAUGACACUUGUGUAUCUUGUGUUAGAUCAGCCUGCAGUAAUCGAGCUGUUGGAGCACGCUUUCUGGGUAAUAUUUCAGAUAACAGUCCUUGUAACAGCAUGUCAUCUGAUACUAAGUGCAUU